AUGGAGAAGAAAAAUAAGAGAGAGAUGAAGCAUGAGUUCCAUGGGCAUCCCUUGGUGUUUGUGGAAGUGCAAAGCAGUGAAGCUGAUCCCAAAGCUUACUGUUCUGGAUGCAGGGAAGCGGUUUCAGAUUCAGCUGCCUCUGGUGUCAUCAACCAUUGCUUGAUGCUAUCUACUUUUGUUUUCGACUGUCCAUCCUUUGUUUUCCAUAAGAAAUGCCUUGAUGAGUUACCCGUUAAAAUCCAUCACCCUUCCCAUCACCACACCCUCUUUCUCUUGAGUGUGAAAAGAAUUCUCUCUUUUGCAAGCUAUGUCAAACCCAACAUUCCGGAUACUUUUAUUCUUGUUCACUUUGCCAUUGUAACAUCAAUAUUGAAUGUGCUUGGCCGAGGCCCGUUGUUGAAGAUAAAAGGCACCAUCAGCACCCAUUCACCCUCUUCUGGAGACCAGCUUACAAGGAAGGAUUGCAAGAUCUGUUUCGAUGAAGUGAAAGUAGAGCAUGGCAGUUACUCUUGUGUGGUACCAAGUUGCAAUUACGAAGUCCAUGUGAAUUGUGCCUUAGACGAUAAAAUAUUUUACGAGUUAAUUGAGGAAGAAUGCCGGUGUGAGGAGCUCAAUGCAGCGAAGCAGUCUUCCAUCACUCGUGUUAUUGAGGUGAAUGAAGAUGGGGAAGCCACAAAGAUUGAACAUUCCAGCCAUGAAGGUCAUUGUUUGGUGCUAGCAGACAAGAUGGAGAAGGAAACUGAUAGACAAUGUGAUGGGUGCAUGCUGCCUGUCUCAACUCAGCUCUAUUAUUGUUCGGAAUCAGAUUGCCAUUUUUGUCUUCACAAAAGUUGA